CUUGAAAGUAGAGAAUGAGGUCACCCCUUCACGAAACAAAAUCUCAGGGUGAGGAUGCUGCUUCUGGUCAGCACAUUCUCUCACAAGAAAAGUUGAGAGUAUUUGCUUCCUCGCUGGAACCUUGGGUACAAUCUUGUCGUUGCAUUCCGUGUGAAACGGAUGAAGUAUGUUUCUCGUAUCGUUGCCGAUGCAGCUUCCAGAUCGUCCAUGGUGACAUGAAAAGCGACGGCCACUUGCGUUACGCGGUCCGACAGAACCACGAGCCAGUAUGCAUCACUGCGUUCCCAGUGGCAAAUCUGAGAAUACAAAGGUCAAUGUGGAAUGUACUGGCACUCUUCAACGACCCGGAAGAACAGUUCGGCCAACUAAAACAGUCACUAACGAGUGCUACGUUUUCAACAUCGUGGGACGAAACAAUGUGUGUGGUAACCUUGCACUAUAUGAAUCCUGUCAGUGAUGAGAGUGCUUGGGAGACGGAAGCACAGAAUAUGUGCCAACGGCUUGAGUUAGCCCAACUGACAGGUCGUUCCCGAAAACGCAUUCUACGGACAAGGAAUGAGGGGACUACCAUAAUUUGCGACACAAUUUGGAUGGAACGCGUGGGAUCAAACUGGAAUGUCAGCCUUGAAAAAACUUUGACAUCCAGCGAUCGUAUAGCAGUCCACUAUAACAAGCCUGAAGAUGCAUUUUACCACCCUAAUUCUCGAGCGAUGUGUAAUGCAUUAGAAUGGAUGCUUUCGCGGAUUGUCUUGAUCGUAGCGGAUCUCGAAACGUUAACUCCGCGCUUGUUGGAAAUGUAUUGUGGUUGCGGGGCUCAUACUAUACCUUUGGCGAAAACUGGACUAUUGUCGAAAAUAUUGGCGAUCGAGCUAGACGAGAGACUGGUACGCGCUUGCCAACAGAACAUCCUUUUGAACGGCAUCGACUCAGAGCUGAUCGACAUGGUAUCUCAGGACGCGGGAAAAUGGUCCCAACGUUGCGAAAGUAGCUUUGACAUUAUAUUAGUCGAUCCACCCCGGCAAGGUUUGGAUGAAUCUGUUUGUCAAAUGGCGACUCGGGGUGACUUUCAGCAUAUGCUAUACAUUUCCUGUGGUCGAGAUGCAUUGGUGCGAGACUUGGAACGACUCGGCGGCAGUUUUGCAGUGGAGAAUUGCACUCUUCUCGAUCUCUUUCCGACCACUGGCGCAGUCGAAAGCUUAGUACAUCUGAAACGAAAGAUCCGAUAA